GUUGAAGUAAGUUCAGCUUUCAGUGUCCGAGAAUCACGGUGACGGUUACAAAGCACUGACAAAAGUACCAUGUUUACGUACCUGACGUUAUUGCUAUUGGGGGCUGUGCUGUACCUCUACCUCAAGAUUACGAAGAAGUAUGGAUCAUUCAAGGCUAUGGGGAUCCCAGAAUACAACCCAGUGUUUCCUUUGGGAUCACCAAACCAUUGGAAAUUGGGGACGGGACGGCUGAACUUUGUCAAUUCUGUGGAUGAAGUUUAUGAAGCUUUUCCCAACGAGAAGCUGGUGGCACAUUUCCAAGGGGGAAGUCCCCAAUUAGUGGUGCGAGAUCUCGAGUUGGCCAAGUUGGUGCUCAUCAAGGACUUUGAUCACUUUGUGGAUCGCAGAGGCUUAGAAUUGACACAGGACACUGAAGCUCAAAAGGCCAUGGGUUUAAUGCUCACUAUGUUGAAGGGAGACCAAUGGAAGGCUAUCCGAAACACUCUGUCGCCCGUGUUUACCAGUGGCAAGCUCAAAGGCAUGACGCCCAUCAUCAAUAAGUUGGGUCAAGACCUGGUCAAGCAUUUGGAGCCGUUUGCCAAGUCUGGAGAAGAAUUCGAGGCUAAACAAGUCAUGAUCAACUUCACAACUGAUGUCAUUGCGGAAUGCGGCUUUGGCAUCAAUGCCCAGGCCAUGUUGGACCCCAAUAGCGUGUUCAAACAAAAUGUUAUGAAAAUGAGCGGUGGUCCCAAAGGCUCUAUAAUGAGCCUGAUUCGAUUGGUCAUGAUCCUUUUCCUUACGCCCCUCGCUAGAUUUCUGAGGAUCAAGUUAAUGAAUGAAGAGUCCUUAAAUUACUUCAUUCAAGUCAUUCGACAAACCAUGGCCACCCGAAAAGAAUCGAAGGCCAAGCGAAAUGAUCUCAUCGACCUCGUAUUAGCAGCCUUGCGAGAUGAUGGCCGAGGCCCUAAAGAAGUUGAGGACGCUCAAUUUGAAAGAGACGCUCAAAUCGAGGUCAAGACUCCAUUCCAGUCGAUCCCGGAAGAAGAACUUGAACUCUACAUUGUGUCCAACGCUUUCAUUCUUUUCUUUGCUGGCCUUGAGACUUCCUCGACCAUAAUGUCCGUGUGCAGCGUUUUUUUGGCCACUCACCCUGACGUACAAGAGCGGCUCUAUCGAGAAAUUCAAGACGCCAUUGAUGAACAUGGAGUCCAAGAGAUGCCCUAUGAUCGGAUUCAAACCUUACCUUUUUUGGACAUGGUCAUCAAUGAGACUCUCCGACAUUAUCCAUUGGCUAUUAUGGAGCGCCAAUGUGUGAAGGACUACAAAUUCCCCGGUUAUGAUUUUGUUGUUCCAGAAGGGAUGCUGGUCCAAGUUCCAUCUCCGGCCAUUAUGAAGGACGCCAAAUACUUUCCAGAUCCAUUAAAGUUCAAUCCCGAGAACUUUAGCGAGGCAAACAAGGCCAAAAGAUCACCGUAUGCGUUUUUGGGCUUUGGGCAAGGUCCACGGAAUUGUGUGGGAAUGCGAUUUGCUUUGUUGCAAGUGAAGAUCGCCAUAAUUCGAUUGGUGGCUAACUUUGAAGUGCUCCCAGGUCCGAACACGAGCGACCAAUUUAGACCCUCUCCCAAAUCUCCGUCAACCCAACCGAUAAAUGGAACUUUUAUCAAGAUUGUUAAACGUCACUAGAGGGAAGCGUAACCAAAAAGGUUCAGCUGCAUUUUGUUAUUAUAGUUAUCAUUUUCAAAGUUACUUUUUGUUCUUAUGAGAAUGAUUUAAAAAAGUCGUAGAAACAUGA